CCGCGCGCGCGCCGCGCCCCGACUUGAGCGGCGCGCUUCAAAGCCCAGCCGCCGCGGCUGCAAAGCCGCCGGAGCUUAAUGGCGUCCUUGCGCUCAGAUUAGCUGCUCCCUUUUCCUUCCUUCCUUCCUCCUCCUCCUCCCCUUCCUUCGGGGAGGCGGGCAGCGGGCAGGAGGAGAAGAAGAAAAGGAGCGGCGGGAGAGGGAGAGGCAGAAGCGCCCAGGCGCGCGGGCAAGACUUCGCCGGGAAGGCAGCCGCACACAAUGCGCCAAGAGGCAACACCCGGGCAAGGCAGCGCGGGAGACUGAGGCGCGGCGGUCCAGGCGAGCGAGAGGAGGAGGAGAAGCAGCAGCAGCAGCAGCAGCAGAGCAGGAGGGAAGAGGCAGCGGCGGCCCCAGUCCCCCCUUCUUCCCGCGCGGCGGCGGCGGCGGCAGGAGGAUUGUUCUGCAAUGACUACAGCAAGAUACAGACCUACUUGGGACUUGGUGCUCGAUCCUCUCGUGUCGUGCAAACUCUGCCUUGGAGAAUUUCCAGUGGAGCAGAUGACAACAAUCGCACAAUGCCAGUGCAUCUUCUGUACUUUGUGCCUGAAACAGUAUGUGGAGAUUUUGAUCAAGGAAGGCUUAGAAACAGCCAUUAGCUGCCCUGAUGCCUCCUGCCCGAAGCGAGGUCAUCUUCAAGAAAAUGAAAUUGAGUGUAUGGUUGCAUCAGAAAUCAUGCAGAAGUAUAAGAAGCUACAGUUUGAAAGAGAAGUGCUUUUGGAUCCUUGUCGGACUUGGUGCCCAUCCUCUUCCUGCCAAGCGGUUUGUCAGCUUCAGGAAUCAGGCCCCCAGAACCCACAGCUGGUACAAUGCAAAUCUUGCGACAUAGAAUUUUGCUCGGCGUGCAAAUCCAAUUGGCAUCCGGGACAAGGCUGUCAAGAAAAUAUGCCAAUCAGCUACCUUCCAGGGGAAACAAGCUCUGCUUAUAAAAUGGAAGAAGAUGAUGCACCCAUCAAACGCUGCCCGAAAUGCAAAGUUUAUAUUGAACGGGACGAAGGCUGUGCCCAAAUGAUGUGCAAAAACUGUAAACAUGCCUUUUGCUGGUACUGUUUGGAAUCACUUGACGAUGACUUCCUUCUUAUACAUUAUGACAAGGGACCUUGCCGAAAUAAGCUCGGUCAUUCCAGGGCAUCAGUUAUUUGGCACAGAACGCAGGUCGUGGGGAUCUUUGCAGGGUUUGGUCUGUUACUGUUAGUGGCCUCCCCUUUCCUUCUGCUUGCUACCCCAUUCGUGCUUUGCUGCAAGUGCAAGUGUAGUAAAGGAGACGACGACCCCCUCCCGACUUAAGGUGGAGUGAAAGUGGGACUGGCUCAUCAUCGCAGUGCAUUUCCUACUCACCCACCCUCUUCUUGCACUUGACAUUGCGUUGGCCUUACUCGCCCUGAUUCCCAACAUUGCAGGAGGCAGGAGGUGCCACGAUUCCCAGCGACCUUGCCCGCGAGUCGGUUUACAGAGUGCAAGGCAUAUCCUGGUGUGUUUUAGGGGGGGCCAGCGCGAAGCAAGCUGGGACGUCGGAAACAUCAUGUGUCAGUAACGCAAGGCUACGUUGGCCGAUUUGGAACUGAGACGCUACGGUGUCGAAACAAAGCCCGUUCAGCAUAUCUAUUUGCAUCAAAUCGAGGUGUUAGACAUGUGUGUUUUAAGAAUCGCUUACCAUUAAAAAAAAAAAAAUCAGCCCAUUUUAAAGUGUGACUUUAAAUAUCUUGUCUAAUGAAACUGAAGUCUCUGUUAAUAUUUGCCCUGGGAAAAUAUUGGGCAUCUAUACACCCCUGAAGCUGUUUCCCAUGCAAUAUUAUAAGAACAAUCUGGUCACGUACGUAUAGGCCAGGAAUGUUUGAGGGUGGGGGCUGAUGCAGCCCUCCAAGCCAAUGUUUCUGCAUCCCUCAUGCCACCAAAUUUGGUAGUGACACUAAAAAAGUAGACACAGCCUGGGGGACGGGGAUUGAAACCUUUCUGCCCACCCCAGCACCAGCUAGGGAUCCCCUUUUCCCCAUAAUGGGGAAUUGGAUAGGAUUGGGCUGUAGCCCCCGCUUCUCAGCUGAUCUGCAUGCGUAUGUGUGUUGUCCGUGAGCAUGUGAGAGUAUGGGGGGGGCAAACUGCACCCGCCGCUGGCAUGGAGGGUUAGCAAAGUGUGAAUGCAUCUAUUAAAAAAGGUUAGCCACCCCUGACAUACGGCAUCCUAUGCCUAUAUCUUUUCAAUAGGAUGCCUCCUAACAUUUUGGGAAACGUGAACUAUUUGUGUGGAUGCACAUUUGUUCUUUGGAACAGAAAAAGUCAUUGCCAACCAUAGAGGCUGAGAUACACAACCCAGACCUGCUAUUAUUAUCAAGGCUCUUUUUUUAAAAAAAAGAUGUUGGUAUUCCUUUUCUUUGAAAGUCUGUCUGACAUUCUUUUCUACAUCUCUCUCACCCGUUACGUGGCUACGUGUUGCAUAAAUAGGGCUACCUCUGGUCAGGUAUCUUUUUAUGUACCUAUAUAUCAUUUUAAGCCAAAUAGAUCUUCUCCUGAAUAGAAUGAAGAGGGAAGAAGGAAAGAGUGUAGUAUUGAGCCUUACAUCCAUCUCAGUGCAUGAGAUGUAAAUUUAUUUGUGCAAUCAUUUCCACCCUAUAGAGUAUGCAGAUUUUUAGGCUCUCUUGAGUUUGCUUUGUUUUCACUUUUCUUUAAUUAAUGCAAGCGCCCGCAGUUGUAAUAAUAUAAAGAGUCCGUUGAGACUGAUAGGUUUUCCAGUCCAUUUUUAAAACUGUUAUAUCUCGUGCUGUAUGAUACUGUGACAACAAACAUUUAGUUCUGUUUGUUUUUAAGCAGCCCUCUCUCCCCACCUUCGUUUUUCUUUGUUUAUCAUUUUGCUGCUCUGUUUGUUGUCCCGGGUCUUGCCUAAAUUGAGGUGCUGCCAUUAUCCUGAAGGAGAAUGAUGUGGACAUCAACUUACUAUAUUGAUAGGCUACUCUAUGUGAUUCUUCCGUGCUGCUUUGGGUGAGAUCUGUAAACAAACUCUCCUAAAAGCACAUAAGUUUCCAUAGUAGGAAAAAGUAUGAGUUGAAAAUGUAGUGUAUAAUCAAUAUGAAACGUGAUCCCGAAGAAUGAAGAGAAUGGGAAAUCUUUCGAUGCCUGUGCAAUGACAGUGAACAGGAGCUAGGCCUACAUCUCAGGUAGGUGACAACCAAAAAUUUCCAGGCAUUAAGUACACAGCAGUGGGGAUUGGGCAGGUAGCUUGUGAAUCUAAUGUACACCUGGUUCAUGCUGUUCCCCACAUGCCAAAUAAUCGAUCCAUUGAUUGCAGGAGGGAAAGGAACCUGUUCUGUCUAUCUUUGUUUUAUAUACUAAUUCGCCCAACCAACAGCAUCAUACGUUGCUGUGAAGGUACCCCCUUAGACAUCAAGUGAGGAUGGUUUGCCUGCUCCUGUCAAGUUGCACAGGCCGCCUUGUAUGAAAACACUUAGUCCCCUGCUGUGUUUUCAGCUAUUUAGCUUACGAAGUUAACAAAUUCACUGCCUGGCUCUCCCAUUUCUCACCCUUUCAAAUAAAGAUGGAGCUGAGGCAGAGAGUGUCAGUGGAAAGUGGAAGAGACCUGCUAAGGUGGGCACUCGCUUUUGUUCUCUCUGGUUACCUCAGGUUGCUGACUGCGACUUUGUUUUGUGUGUGCUUGCAUGUGGGUGAGUACAGAACCUCCAGAGGUUCAACCAUCCAUCUGAUGCCGUCAGACAACAAAAAAAUCCAAAGUUGCAUCACACUAGAAGCAAAAUGGCGUUAGAGGCACACUUCUUUAUUUGCUUUCAGGUUGCAGCCUCCGUCUUUGGAAGCCAUGCUGUUCCUAACAUAUCACGUCCUCAAAUAAUACUUCGAUGAGGGGGGAAAAACCUCCUUUAACAUUAAACCAGACACUGAAAUCGCUUUUGCAUCCUGCAUAUCAGACACAUCACACUGUGUUUUAAGUUUGGGUCGUUGCUUAGAGUCAAGUAGUUGCCAUUUGUUGGGAAUCACAUAUUUUGACUGUCAGUAUUUCUUUGAAAUGGGUGUGUGUGAGUGAUAUAACAUGAACUUAUUUAAACUUUAAAUUUCAAGCCUCUGUAGAGGAACAUCAGAUAUUAGCAUUUUUAUUCUCAUUCUAAUGAAGGGUGGACCUCAUCUCCUGGUAUCACUUGUAUUUUAUUUCUGUACUGUUGCUGCGUUUAGUGCAUUGCCUUAAAUCCCUUUUUAAUGGACAUAAUGUGUUUUCUUUUGGACAAUACUGAUGUAAAGCUCAUUCCAUGGCCUAGGACGUUCCAACCCCUACCAGCUGACCUGGGUUAUACUUCUACACACGCUAAAAUGAGAGCAGCAACUAGCAAAAUGUUCUGCUACACUUGGUCCCUAAACUUUAGACCAAACUCCAGUGUAUGCCAAAUUGAGCUUCACCCAUGUGGGGCAAGUCAUUUUGACUGCAUCUUUCCUCACCCACCUUUAAAGAAACCUCAUUUUGCAGGAGUCUUGUGUCUUUCAAGCUUCUCUGGGAAGCGCUUGGGGUACAAUUCUAGUUGUCUUCACCUCAACCCUUGUACCCUACAAAGUCACCAUUUUUCUAGUGUUGGGCAUGGCAGUGUUUUAGAUAAUGUUUUAUUCUGUGUACCUUUGGGCUGCAAAAAAAUAAAUAAAUCAGAACUAUUUAGACCAAUUCUUUGUAUGCAACAAAUGGUCUAGUGUAGUUGGCACAAUAUCUUUUUAUCUGAAGCAGAGCGACAGAAAUUUUGGACAUAUGAACCAUGUUAAGAAAUAUAUACAUACAAAUACUUGUUUGCAAUUGUAAAUAUUUGGUCGGGAGAGAAAGUAAUAGUUUAUUUCCUAGAGCUGCUUCCUCUAUGGGUUUGGGUUUCUGAAUUACUUGAUCUUCAUUGCAAUAUCGCACCAAUGCAUUAGGAAUCCAUCAUGGUUCCAUUUUUGAUUUUCAGACUUUGUUCAUGCUGCUAUGCUUGCACACAAUGUGUCAGUUUUCAGUUCCUUCUCAUUUGUUUUUAACGAACAUCAGUGCAUAUACAUGCUUGUUGAUGUCUCUCUUUUUUUUAAGUCCACCUGAGGCAAUGCUCAUAGCAUUGCACCAAGAUCCUUUGAAGGCCUUUUUUUAUCCAUACUUCAAUUUAAGUUCCUGCGCACCAGUAACCUGUAGGAGAGAGGGUGGUACAAAAAAAGUGAACUGAAAACUGCAGCAAAUUCCAGAAAUAAUGUUGAAAAAAGUCUUAAGUUGAACAAGAAAAAAAUGGUGAGGGAAUGCAGGACAGAGCCAGCCCAUGGAACUCAUCUCUGGUUUUGUGUGUGUGUGUGUGUGUGUGUGUGUGUGUAUCAAAACUCUUUGGCCUGGUUAGCUUUACAAAGAGAUUUCUCCCAGGGACUCUGCUGAAGAUGGACAAUAAUGGAUUUAGUUGAUGGUGAUGGCAUUAGGGAUUUCCAGACAGCUUGUAAUCAUGCUUACUUACUAAUACUCUUCCAUAAAGUAAAUGCCUGCCAUUUGUGUUUAAAGCCCCAUGGUGGUUCUGGCUUUGUUAAUGUGUGUAUCUUUCUUAACAAAGAUGAGGAACCUUUGGUACAGGUAUAGGUAUGUGCCCUAUAAACAAAUCCCUCCCUUACUCAUUUUACCAUGGAUGUAUUUUUAACCUUGCAUAGAGAAGCACGGAGGAGUCAUGCAUAUGUAUAAAUGAUGUAUUUGACUAGUGUAAAAAGAAUUUAAUUUUUGUUUUCUGUAUUUGAAAUGUAACUACAUUUCGUGCCACUAACACUGUGAUGUAUAAAAGAGCUGUUGAAUGCCUUUGAAUGUUGUUUUGUACUUCGAAUCAUAUUGAAGAGUUUUAUUUGUAAUUUCAAUAGAUAUUUUAAA